CAACAGCGGCAGUAGUAACAGGCAGAGAAUUUCACAACUCAUAACCCUAUUCAAAAACCCUAAAUGCCAAUAAUUCUGUCAUUCAAAACUCCUUGAAAACUGUGAUUUAUUUGUUUUAUCUCUUUUGAAAGAGGAAACCGAAAUCAAACAAAGAUCAAGAGAUGAGAGGGUGGAAAGAUGUAAGCCUUGUGGACACCAUCUAUGAAGAAGAAUAUGAAUUCUCUUCUUCUCCUUCUCUUUCUCCUUCCAUUUCUUCUCCUCCCACACCCCUCCAUUCUAGAGUGGAAUCCUGGUCAAUGGCAACCGGCAGAAAGACAGAUGUGUUGAUAUAUGUUCAAGGAACGUGCUUCCAUCUACACAAGGACCCGCUAAUAUCAAGGAGUUCAUAUUUGAAACGUCAACUUACGGAACUUUCUGAAAUAACGCUCCCGUUGAACAUAACGGCCGAGACUUUCUCCCUUAUUGCCCACUUCUGUUACGGCACUCAGAUAGUCCUAACGCCGUUUAAUGUAACGGCCUUAAGAACUGCAGCGGAGUUGCUAGGGAUGACGGCGACAAAAGGUCAGCAUGACGAUAACUUGAAGCAGAUAACGGAAACGUACUUCCGUCGACUGAUCGCCUCCAAUAGGGAGCUGGCUCAAAUUGUUUUCCGCUCGUGCUUGCAGUUGCUCCCAGAGGCGGAAACGACAGCUUGUUUAUUGAGCAGAUGCGUUGAAGUGCUAGAUUUGACAGGAUUUGAUGAUGAGGAGGUGGACGGAAUUCUUGACGAUGUGAUUGGGUUGCGAGCCGAGGAGUUUGAAAUCGUCGCUGAGGCUAUGCAACGCAGGUUUAGUAACCACGAUGGGUUGUAUAGAAUCGUUGACCUUUAUAUCCAGCAACAUAAUGGCAAAAUAACAGAAGAACAGAAGAUUGAGAUGUGCAAUUUCAUAGACUGUGACAAGCUCUCACCUCAACUCCUAAUACAUGCAGUGCAAAACCCUAGACUUCCACUAAGAUUCAUAGUCCGAGCUAUGUUAAUUGAGCAGCUGAACACACGCCGUGCAAUCUUCACCACCUCCACUGCCGCUGCCGCCACCAAGCACCAUGCACGUCAACAUCAGUCCGAUGAUAAAGAGCCCACCACCUUAGGCUCAAUCCUUCAGAGGGAUGCAGCAAAACGUGAAGCAGCUCAACUCAAAGCAGAGAUGGACUCGACGGGCUCACGCAUUAAAAUCCUGGAGAAAGAGCUUGCUGGCAUGAAGAAAAUUUUGCAAAAGUCUGAGAAUGAGAGGAUCCUAAUGGAGAAGAAGCUUUUUCUUGGGUCAGAAAAGGAAAGUAGCAUUAUAACGAGGGAAGAAAGGAGCGUAAUGGAGUCAUCUAGAUCUGCGAGUUUCCAUUAUGGCUCGAGAGAUGCUAAUAAGAUCGAAAAAGGGGAAAGAGGGUCAACUUCUUUUGCUGGUCUUAGGGUAGCAAAGAACGAGGAUAGUCCAAGAACAAAGAAGAACACAGGUAUGGGAUGGAUUAGUAGAUUAAAAAGUACAUUAUGGUCAUCAAAAUCUGCUUCAAAAUGAAACUCUUAAGAGUAAAAUUUUUGGCAAAUAGGAGGGAAUUAUGACCAAAGAUGAUAGUGCAAUAUAUAGCUUCGCACAACAGGAGAUGUUCCUUGGCAUUGCUAUAUUUUCCUUUUCCUUCUGUUUUUCUCCUUUUCUUUUUUAAUCAAAGAGUUGGUUUUACUUUUAAUCUUUAUGUGUAGCCAUUGAGGUCUGAACUUGUAUCCUUUGUUUUAUUUCAUGAUUGUUUAAGGGAUAUUAGCUGAUUGUAUA